CUCUCUCUCUCUCUCUCUCUCUCUCUCUAUCUCUGGUGUGAGAUUGGUCACUUGGGUCGCCGAGACACAGCAGGCGAGAGAGAGAGUGAUAAAGGUGACGCCUUUGAAUCUUGAUCUCAAUCGCCGGAUCCAUGUCCCCUCCCCCCUCUUCUUGAAUCUCUCUCUCCGUACAAGAACGAGAGAACCCACCUUCCUUCCCGACCCCCCCACCUUCAGUUCUCGCCACUACCCACGAUUGGCAAGGACUCAUCUUCCCUCUCUCUCUCUCCCUCUCUCUCUCUCUCUCCUAGUCAUUUCAUCGAACACCUUCCAUGGCGUCCCCCGGUAACCCCAACCAUCCCCAGCAGAACCCGCAAUUCGAGCUCCAGAAGCUGUUACGCCCCUCCUCCAGCAACCCCAUCAUCCCUUCCUCCUCCCCUCCAUACCCCACCGCCUCCUCCUACCCGCCCCCCACCGGCCCCCUCCCCUACCACUACCUGCCCUACACCCUGCAGCCGCCUCCCCCGCCGCCGCCGCCGCAGCAGCAGCAGCAGCAGCAGCAGAACCUCCAUUUCUUCCAGCACCAGCAGCUCCACCACCCGCCGCCCCCGCCGCGGCCGCCCAUCUCGUCCUACCCCGCCCCGCCCUUGCCCUCGCCCUCGGCCGAUCCCAAUUCGAGCGGCGCCCGGCUGAUGGCCCUCCUGGGCACCCAAAACCCUAACCCUAAUCCCCACGAUCUGGCUCCGCAGUCGUCGGCGGCGGCUUUCGCCCCGUCGCCGUCCGCCCCGUCCGAUUUCGGGGUGCACGCGAACCUGAACUUGACGACGGCCCCUUCUGCCCCGCCGGUCGGUUUCGCGGCGGCGCAGUGCGGCGCGCCAGUUCGGAUGCUCAGUAGUAAGCUCCCGAAAGGUCGGCAUUUGAUCGGCGAUCAUUUGGUUUACGACAUCGACGUUAGAUUGCAGGGUGAAGUUCAGCCUCAGCUCGAGGUCACUCCGAUUACUAAGUACGUGUCGGAUCCGGGUUUGGUCUUGGGCCGUCAGAUUGCCGUUAACCGGAAUUAUAUAUGCUACGGGUUGAAGAUGGGGAAUAUUAGGGUUCUUAAUAUAAAUACCGCGCUGAGGUCUUUGUUGCGAGGUCAUACACAGAGAGUAACAGAUAUGGCUUUCUUUGCUGAGGAUGUUCACCUUUUGGCCAGUGCAAGCAUUGACGGGAGGAUCUUCAUAUGGAAGAUUCAUGAAGGUGCAGAGGAGGAGGAGAAGGCUCAAAUCUCGGGGAAAAUUGUCAUUGCCGUUCAGAUUGUGGGAGAGGAAGAACCUGUGCAUCCACGACUAUGUUGGCAUCCUCACAAGCAAGAAAUUUUGAUGGUUGCAAUUGGAAACCGUAUCCUGAAGAUCGAUACCACAAAAGUUGGUAAAGCAGAAUCGUUCACAGCUGAGGAACCUCUAAAGUGUCCCAUGGAUAAGCUAAUUGAUGGCGUCCAGAUUGUUGGUAAACAUGAUGCAGUAGUGACAGAUUUGUCAAUGUGCCAAUGGAUGACUAGCCGACUGGCCUCAGCUUCAGUGGAUGGAACGGUGAAAAUUUGGGAAGACCGCAAGCCAUUACCACUUGCAGUUCUGAGGCCUCAUGAUGGUCAUGCUGUCAACUCUGUCACCUUUUUGACUGCUCCCCACCGUCCAGAUCACAUCGUUCUUAUCACAGGGGGUCCGGUGAAUCGAGAAGUCAAGAUAUGGACCUCUUCCCUCGAAGAGGGAUGGUUGUUGCCUAGUGAUUCUGAAUCCUGGCAAUGUACUCAGACCUUGGAGUUAAAGAGUUCCGGUGAACUCCGGGUUGAGGAUGCAUUCUUUAAUCAAGUUGUGGCGUUACCUCGUGCAGGGCUUCUUUUACUUGCGAAUGCAAAGAAGAAUGCUAUAUAUGCAGUGCACAUAGAUUAUGGGCUUCAUCCUGCUGCAACCCGCAUGGACUAUAUGGCUGAAUUUACAGUUACAAUGCCCAUUUUGAGUAUCACUGGAACUAGCGAGAGUUUACCGGAUGGGGAACACAUUGUGCAGGUGUAUUGUGUCCAAACACAAGCCAUUCAGCAGUAUGCAUUGGCGUUGUCCCAGUGCCUGCCACCACCCUUGGAUAACACCGAGUUAGAGAAGACAGAAUCUAAUGUCUCUCGCGCAUUUGAUGCUGCCAAUCCUGAUGGAUUUGCUAACUUGGAAGUUUCUCAAGGAACUAAGCAUUCUGAGAUAACAUCAGGUAAUGCCACUUUGGUUCCAUCUGUGCUUUCGAGCGGUGCUGGUAGUGCCCCUGGAGCGGCGCCCCCUGCAAGAGUGCCUUCUUCUCAAAUUACUACCUUGCCUGAGACCAUUACUUCUGGCUUAGAGACAAAGCUAAGUGCUUUGCCAUCUCCAAGAACUGUUGAACAAAUCCACAUUGCUUCUCCUCCUCUUCCUUUGAGUCCUAGGCUGUCGCGGAAGUCCUCUGGUUUCAGAACUCCAGUAGGUAGCUUUGAGCCCGGUCCUGCAUUCCCUGAUCAUUCUGGUGAUCAGCCGGUUGUUGAAUAUUCAUCUGAUAGGAGACUGGAGAUUGGUGCCGACGGACCAGCUCCAUGUGAUGAUUUGAGGAAGGAUGACAAAAAUGUUGCGUCAAAUGAUAUACCAGUGGUUCCAGAUCCUCCAAUGGUUUUUAAGCAUCCAACUCAUCUUGUGACUCCAUCGGAAAUUUUAUCCAAGGCUCCAUCCUCCUCUGAGACUCAAAUUAGUCAAGGUAUGAGCAUGGGAGAGGCAAAAAUUCAAGAUGUGGUCGUCAAUAAUGACACGGCAAGCACGGAGGUUGAGGUUAAAGUUGUUGGGGAGACAGGAAUUGAUCAGAAUGAUGAUUACAGCUUCCGUAGAGAAUCUCAAAUAACUAUUGCUGAACAAAAAGAGAAGUCUUUCUACUCUCAGGCUUCUGAUCUUGGCAUUCAGAUGGCUAGAGAUUGUCGCGUUGAUAAUUACAGCGUGGAAGGAGCUCAUCAGACUAAUGAUGUUGGUGUUAGUGAGUCUUCAGAUCAGUUUCCCUCUAACAGUGAUGAAGGAAUGACAAACAAUGCUUUUAUGAAGGUUGGUGAGUCAGAAACUCCAGCGGCUGUUCCCCAGUCCUUAGCCCCAACUUCUAAAGCCAAAAGACAGAAAGGAAAAACUUCUCUAGUGUCCGGCCCUUCUUCCCCAUCCCCAAGUCCUUUUAACUCCACAGAUUCAUCAAAUGACCCAGGCAGUAGUUCAGGUGCCCCAUCAGCGGAUGUUGCAUUUUCCCAGUUGUUAGCUAUGCAGGAGUCCCUUGACCAGUUAAUAAGCAUGCAAAAGGAAAUGCAGAAGCAGAUGGCAACAGUUGUGUCUGUCCCAUUUAACAAAGAGAGUAGGAGACUGGAAACAUCUCUUGGACGAAAUAUGGAGAAAGUUGUUAAAGCAAAUGCUGAUGCUCUGUGGGCUCGUUUCCAAGAAGAAAAUGCUAAACAUGAAAAGUUAGAGCGUGACCGAGCCCAACAGAUUCCAAAUCUUAUCACUAACUCUGUGAACAAGGAUUUGCCGGCGAUGCUGGAGAAAACUAUAAAGAAGGAAAUAGCUGCAAUUGGACCAUCUGUAGUUCGUGCACUCAGUCCAAUUAUUGAGAAGAGCAUACCAGUGGCCAUAACAGAGUCAUUCCAGAAAGGAGUGGGUGAUAAGACAGUUAACCAGCUGGAGAAGGCGGUCAACUCCAAAUUAGAAGCUGUAUUAGGGAGGCAAAUUCAAUCGCAAUUUCAGACUUUCGGAAAGCAGGCUCUCCAGGAGACACUAAGGUCCAGCUUGGAAGCAUCCAUAAUACCUGCUUUUGAGUUGUCAUGCAAAGCAAUGUUCGAGCAAGUUGACGCUACUAUUCAGAAAGGACUCAUGAAACAUAUCACUGCUACUCAGCAGCAACUUGAGUCUACUCACUCUCCCCUGGCCAUUGCUCUAAGGGAUGCCAUCAGUUCAGCUUCAUCGAUGACUCAGACAUUAAGUGGAGAACUUAUUGAGGGCCAGCGCAAGCUCUUAGCUAUCGCAACUGCUGGUGCAAGUUCUAAUGUUGCAAAUCCCUUGGUUACUCAGUUGAGUAACGGGCCAUUGCCCGGUCUGCAUGAUAUUGCUGAGGCACCAAUUGAUCCAACUAAAGAGUUAUCCAGAUUGAUAGCUGAGAACAAGUAUGAAGAAGCCUUUACUGCAGCCCUACACAAAAGUGACGUAUCAAUAGUAUCUUGGCUAUGUAGUCAGGUUGAUCUGCAGAAGAUCUUGUCCAUCUCUCCACUACCAUUGAGCCAGGGAGUGCUUCUUGCACUUCUACAGCAGUUGGCUUGUGAUAUGACCAAGGAAACACCGAGGAAGGUGAGUUGGAUGACGGAAGUUGCAGUCGUCAUCAACCCAGCUGAUCCAAUGAUUGCAGUGCACGUGAGACCAAUCUUUGAACAGGUGUACCAGAUACUAGGACAUCAUCGAAAUCUCCCCACCCUCUCUGCUUCUGAAGCCAACAGCAUCCGCCUUCUCAUGCAUGUGAUAAACUCCGUGUUAACCAGCUGUAAAUGAUUUUUCGCUUGUGUUGCCAUAUAGUGUUUGCCAGGAGGGAAAAUACUGUAGUUCUGGUUGUAUAGAAUUAGAAAAUUUGGACAGGAGAGACUAGAUAGAUCUAUUUGCCCUUGUGUUCUUGUGUCUGCUUGGAUUUAUCAAUUUUGUAUAACAACUUCAACCCUUCUCCCCUUAAGCCUUGUAAUGUCAAUUUUGUGCUGUGGAUCUGGCCUUUGCCUUUUGAACUUUGGAUGUAAGAUUUUUGUUAAAUUGGAAAAAAAAUCAUCAUACCUUUUUAAAUA